ACGUCACACAACAGCAGCAGGCUUACUGUAGUCACAUGUGGCCUCGGCGGUCCCGGACGACGAGUGGUGGUGCUAGCGAAUUGGCCCUGCCGAGUGGAGCUGGCUUCACAGAAAAUAAACGACACAUUGAUUAAAAUAUCACAUAUAGCUUAGCCUUCUAAUCAGCCCCUCUGGUCAACCAUGCCCCCAAAGAAACCCGCCCCGGCGGGCGCGAAUAAAAAGACCCAAGAGAAGAAAAAGGAAAAGAUAAUCGAGGACAAGACAUUUGGUUUAAAGAACAAGAAGGGUGCAAAACAGCAGAAGUUCAUCAAGACUGUCGUACAUCAGGUCAAAUCUGGACCGACAGGUCUCAAGCCUGAAGGAGAAAAGGGCAGUAAGAAGGCAGAUAAGAAAAAAGAGCUUGAUGAACUGAACGAGCUCUUCAAACCAGUGGUCGCUCAACAGAAAGUCGCAAAAGGUGUGGACCCCAAGUCGGUGCUCUGUGCGUUCUUCAAGCAGGGCCAGUGCACCAAGGGGGAUAAAUGUAAGUUCAGCCACGACCUCACGCUGGAGAGGAAGUGUGAAAAGAGGAGUCUCUACGUCGACGAGAGGGACGAUGACCUCGAGAAAGACACCAUGGACAAAUGGGAUGAGACCAAACUGGAGGAGGUGGUCAACAAAAAGCACGGGGAGGCUGAGAAGAAGAACUCUGCCAAGACACAGAUCGUUUGCAAGCACUUCCUGGACGCCAUAGAAGGCAACAAGUAUGGCUGGUUCUGGUCGUGUCCAGGGGGGGAGAGCUGUAUAUACCGGCACGCUCUGCCGGCUGGCUUUGUGCUGAAGAAGGACAAGAAGAAGGACGAGGAGGAGGAGGAAAAGAUCUCGCUGGAAGAGCUGAUUGAGAACGAGCGUGCAGCACUGGGUCCUAAUGUCACCCGUAUCACCUUGGACACGUUCCUGGCCUGGAAGAAAAGGAAGAGGCAGGAUAAGGUGGAGAGAGACAUGGAGGACAUGGAGAAGAAGAGGGCUGACUUUAAGGCCGGGAGGUCGCUAGGGGUGAGCGGACGUGAAGUGUUUGAAUUCCGCCCCGAGCUGGUUGAUGACGAUGAUGAGGAAGCAGACGAUACCCGAUACGCCAACGACAGUGAGGAUGAAGAGGACGAUGACAAUGAGGAAGAGGGACAGGUGGAUGCUACAGAAUUCAAGGACAUAGACCUAUCCCGCUUCGUUCCGACUGAGGUGGAUAACUGUAUUGGCAUCACCGUGGCAACCAUGGACCGCUUCACAACCAGGCAUAAGACUAAACCUGCGGCCACUGACGACGAGGCCCACCUGAACGGCGCGUGUGGAGGAGCAGAGGCCAAUGGGCUGGCUGAAGGCGACGAUGAGGAAGAGUGCGACGAGGAAGAGGAGGUGCCCGUGGACGAGAACCUGUUCACAGGGGAAGACCUGGAAGAUCUGGACGAGGAGCUGAACACAUUGGAGCUCGAAGACUAACGGGGAAGGGAAACAGGACAGGUGUGGACAGAUGUUUGGGGGUCGGCUCAUGGGAAGAAGAGAUGGAUGCAUGGUGGAGGAGGAGGGAGAAGUUCCGAUCGCAUGGGACUGACUGACGGGGACAGGUGCACAACGACCACAUUGUAUCACUAGACGGACUGACUUAAUUGAGGAUAACAAUUGGACUGACCGGGUACAAACAGGAAGUUAGUAGGGAGUGCCACCACAUGCACUUGACAAUGUUCCAGUAAUUUUAAAUUCAGAGACUCCAAUAAAGCCUGAUUGUAUGAUGA